AUGGCCCUCCCAUUCGACAUUCUGUCCAAUAUCGGCGACAUUCUCUCAUGCGAACAUGAUGUGGAGACCCUCAGGGCGUUGUCAUUGUGCUCUCAGGCGUUGGUUCCCAUGUGCCAAAGACAUCUCUUCCGCACCUUUUGCAUUCCCAACACCUCAGGUCGAGACUUUACGGGCAUAGAAAGAGAGCGCUACCUGGACAGAUUCCACCAAAUUUUGACAUCUUCUCCUCAAAUCGGGGCGUAUGUUCAGCACCUGCACUACUUCGUCGAUCACGACGACCGUGAAAAUGGAAUGGCAUCCUCGAUUUUGGAGCGAUUGACCGAAGUCACAGCCUUCAAAAUCGAAUACCGUGCGCACAAAGAUCCUCAGUUGUUUAUUCAUUGGAAGAGGCUGGCGGAAAACCGGCGUCUGGCAUCCGCCAUUACCUCCAUUAUCAAGCAACCCACACUCUGCUCCCUCUCCAUCGUGAACAUCAGCAGCUUUCCCACCUCUAUCCUCGCUUCGAUCACCAGUCCGCUGUUGGACCUCGAUAUUCGUUUUCUAGAUAUCGAAAAAUCAGAUAGCAUCAACGAGGCAUUGGCACUUCGAUUGAACCAAGUUGAAGGGAUCCUGCCAUGUCUCUCUUCCCUCGAAAUACGCGACAGUGAAGACUCAGCCACUACCGUCAUUGCUCUUGCGGGAAAGUUGUUCGAUUUCUCCCGAAUCGAGUCGGUCGUCAUUGAGUGGGAAGAUGAAGAACCCAUCAGCGCGGCCAAGGCGCUGCUGAAACUUACACCCGUGCUUAAAGUCCUUCGAAUUCGAGUUAACACGGAAAUAAACACUUGCAGGGGGAUCGCAGACUGCAUCUUACAAGGUGCGCAUCAGACGCUGACGACUCUCAAGCUCGAUCCCGGAGCACGUGGGUUCACUCUUGGUCUCCCCUACGAUCCAUUUGCGGGGAUGAUCGAAGAGUUGAGGAUGUUAUCUGGCUGCUGCGACGUCCUCGAGGCCAUCGCAGUGUCACUUGGAUGCAGUAACGUGGAAAGUCCGCUGUCAAUCGAUUGGGAGCCCUUCAAUGAGGUCAUUACCUCGAAAGGCUUCCCGUGCCUCCGAGUCCUCACGAUUGAAAUGACUUUCAUUUGGUUGGGCCCCUCGUUUAAUCAAGCAGAAGUUGAGAAGGAUUGCAAGAUGAAAUGCUACCAGCAACUGCGGAAGAUCAGAGAUAUUCCUGACUUGGAUUUCAGGUUUGAAGCAAAGGUAGAAGAAUGGUAA